AACUUAAAUUUUUUUUGAAAAUGCCAUUUUUACAAUUUUUUUAAAAAAACUUUCAAAACUUCUCUUUCUCCUUCAGAACAUCCGGCCCUUAGAUCCUGGCUUCCGCCGCGCCGCCUCCAUGGCCAGUGCCCGGAGUCUCGCAAAACGGGCUUUUCAGCCCUCACUUCACGGCGUCCCCGAAGGCUACGCCAUCUCAACCGUGGGACCAACAGAAAAAGAAAAAGACCCCUCUCCCUGUUUGACUCCGGUGACGACGAAAAUGGGCUCCAGUGUCGGCUUUCGAAGCAAACAGGUAUCUUCCCCUUUCCCUUUUGUUUUUUGUUGAAAAAGGUUCGCAAAAAAUAAACAAACACAAAUAAUAAUGAGAAAAAUGAACAAGAACACGAAAUAAAGAAACAGUAAAACUUGAGUCAACCUAUUUAAAAGCUUUUUCUCUGCUUUUUCAUUAACAAGUCGUAAAAAAAAUACAGAAGUGGUGUUUGGCUUUUAUAGCAGAUUUGUUUCCAUUUUUCUAUUUUUUUUUUGCUGCUUGCGUGUUUAGUUUCUUCCUGCAGAUGAUUGAUAGGCGACGGUCGACGUGACAGCGGCGGUGGCAGACUUGCGGCGGUGGUGGCUGGUAGGUCAAGGAUCAGAAGACCGCACCUAGGGUUAGGUUUAGUUAUUUGUUUCUGCUGAUAGUGGGCUUGUUGGGCUGAAUUGGGCUAGGUCUAGGUGGGUUGGUAUUUGGGCUUGGUUUUGUAAUUGGGUUCUGAGUUUUGGGCAGUGUUGGGCUUGUUUUGUUUUCUGAUUUGGGUUGUGGUGUAUUGGGUUUUUGGGCCCCGAGCAAAUUUGGGUUGUACAAUGAACUUAAAUCGAAAAGAAAAUUAAAGCCUCAUAUCGCUUGAGACGUAGUGAUUCUAGUGUUAUAAAAUAAUCAAAUUUGUAGUGAUCCAAACUCAAUGACUUAGUUGAGCCUCCCAUGAACGUGGUGACAUCCACCAAAUCUUCCACAAAACCCAAAUGCUAAUAAACUAAUCUUCAAAAAUGUUGCUUUUUUCAGUAAUUUAACCAUUGGAAGACGUAAUUAAGCUAAUAAAUAGAUAUUAAAAAAACACAUUAUUUUCAGCACCUGUGAUUUUUGAGCAAUAAUAUUAUAUAUACUGAUUGUGCUAAAUCAUUGCAAUUACAAUAUUAUGGAGAGCAAGGAAAGUAGCCUGGAAACAUCCACCCCAAAUGUCUCACCUUCUGCUGCAGCAUCUAAUGCAUAUGCGCUAGGUUUAACCCAAUUCCAAGGCUUUUGGAUCCCUUCUUCUCGUGUUCCCACUUCAUCCAUAAUCUCAUUUCAGAAAUAUUUCCAGGCUCUUGAUGAUGAUAUCAUUGUUGCCUCUAAGCCCAAAGCUGGCACCACUUGGCUCAAGGCUUUGGUGUUUACAAUUGUCAACCGUCAUUCUUAUACGCUCUCAAAUAUCCCUUUGAACUCUAGGCAUCAACUCAUGACCAUGACUCCUGCCUCUUCCAGAUGCCAUAUUCUGCCACCCCAAGAUGGAGGAGGUGAAGUUAGAGGUGGUUGUAGUGGCGGAGGUAACAAUGGUAAUGGCAGUGGGGAAGAAGAAGAGGAGGAAAACCCUAAUCUCGAUCUCUCUAAAAUCCCAUCCCCAAGGGUGUUUUCUACUCAUCUCCCGUAUUCAAUGCUAGCCGAUUCCAUCAAACGUUCAAAUUGCCGGAUUGUUUAUAUAACCCGUAAUCCGUUUGAUAUCGUUGACUGUUUUGAGAUUUUUUGCAGAGGUGAAGAAUCGUAUGGACCCUUUUGGGACCAUGCUUUAGGAUACUGGAACAUGAGUGUGGAGAAGCCAUCGAAUAUAUUGUUUAUGAGAUAUGAAGAACUGAAGGAAGAUUCAGUGGCUCAAACAAAGAGAUUGGUUGAAUUAUUAAGAUUUCCUUUCUCCUUGGAAGAAGAAAAAACAGGUGUGGUUAACCAAAUUAUUGAUUUUUGCAGUUUCAACAAUUUGAAAGAUUUGGAGGUCAACAAAACUGGGAAGAUGCCAAGAUCUAUAAUACCUAGUAGAUCUGUCCAUGGUAUGCGGCCUGACCUGACUUGCCGAAAUAUGGGAGGGUUCAGUCAUAAGUUGUUUUUUAGGAGUGGGAAAGUGGGUGAUUAUAUUAAUCAUCUCUCUCCUACUGCUGUGGAACGUUUAAGCAAUGUUUUGAAAGAAAAACUAAGUGAAUCUAGUUUAACUUUCAAUUAA